AUGACUGAUCAAGCCCCACCUACCUUCAAGCUCGUCCUGGUCGGUGACGGUGGUACUGGCAAGACCACCUUCGUCAAGCGCCACUUGACUGGCGAGUUCGAGAAGAAGUACAUCGCCACCCUUGGUGUCGAGGUUCACCCGCUCCAGUUCACUACCAACCUGGGUAACAUCCAGUUCGAUGUCUGGGAUACCGCUGGUCAGGAGAAGUUCGGUGGUCUCCGUGAUGGUUACUACAUCAACGGCCAGGCCGGUAUUAUCAUGUUCGAUGUGACCUCCCGUAUCACCUACAAGAACGUCCCCAACUGGCACCGUGACCUCGUCCGUGUCUGCGAGAACAUCCCCAUCGUCCUGACCGGUAACAAGGUCGAUGUUAAGGAGCGCAAGGUCAAGGCUAAGACCAUCACCUUCCACCGCAAGAAGAACCUCCAGUACUACGACAUCUCCGCCAAGUCCAACUACAACUUCGAGAAGCCAUUCCUGUGGCUCGCCCGCAAGCUGGUUGGCAACCCUCAGCUGGUACGUACAAGCCCGACUCCCUCUUCUUGCCACCCGACCCCAAUGACCCGGUAUCUAACAUGUAACUAUAGGAGUUCGUCGCCGCCCCCGCUCUUGCUCCCCCCCGAGGUCACCGUCGACCACGAGCAGAUCGAGAAAUACCGUCAGGAGAUGGAGGCUGCUGCCAACCAGCCCCUGCCCGACGAGGACGAUGCCGACCUGUAA